AUGUCUUCCGCAACACCUGCAGAAGAUCCCAGUGCUCGACGUAAACGGCCCGCUAGGAAGUAUACCUCACGCGCCUGCGAGGAAUGCCGUCGACGAAGAGCCAAGUGCGAUGGCAAUAGGCCCUCCUGCUCCCGAUGUCUGGAUCGCGGAAUCCGCUGCCAGUACUCGACCGCCGAGGACGGGAGACAGCCCGCGCCUAAGGCAUAUGUGGUGAUGCUACGGAAUCGGAUUGAGCUACUGGAGCGUGUAUUGCACUCGCAUGGUAUUGAUCCAGAAGCCUCAGUCGCCCAACUGAUGGCCGAGGAUGAGAUUUCGAAUCAACAUCAAUCAACUGAGCCGGAGUGGGCAUCCGCUGGCUCAAAUUGUAACGUCGAGGACUUGUGUGGUACUUUUGAUGGAGCUUUAACCCUGGACGAAUCAUUGAACUUUGACCAGGAUGGCGAGGUUAGAUAUUUUGGUCCUACCAGUGGAAGACUUCUCUUCCGUUCUUCGGCAAAUGACUCUCCGGUCGAAGAGGCAUAUUCAACAGAUCCAUCAUGUACGGGAUGCUCUAGCAACACACCGGAAUGCCCAGAACCUGCCGCAACUUGUCGAUACGAAGUGGCUGGCGAACUCUCUCCACCAGACGAAACCUGGCUAUCAGAUGAACUUCAAGCGCAUCUCAUCGACCUAUACUUUGAAUGGGAACAGCCAUGGUUUCAGAUGCUAAACGAAACCAUCUUCCGAGAGAGUAUGGCCACUGGCGGGCGAUACUUCAGCCCUUUAUUACUGACCUGUAUCCUCGCGGUGGGCUCUCGGUAUUGUGAUCGACUCGACGUUCGGACCGAUCCCAAUGAUCCCAACACGGCGGGGAGGAUGUUCAUCUGCAAAGCAGAGAAAUUAAUACAGAAUGAUUUGAGAUGGCCCAAAAUCACUACCAUUCAGUCAUUGGCUAUCAUGGGCAUGUUUUACAUCGCAACGGGUUCGGAUGCAGCUGGCUGGCUCCAUCAAGGCAUGGCUAAUCGUCUUGCUCUGGACAUGGGUUUAAAUAUGGAUCCGGCCGUUUUGGCCGGGGCUGUAUCCCUCUCGCCCAUCGAGAUCGAAUUGAGAAGGCAGAUCUAUUGGUCUUUGUAUUGCCAUGAUAAGCUUUCUGCGAGUUAUGCUGGUAGAGUCUGUACCCUGCUGGACUCGCAAGGUGUUGUGAACAAGCCGUACCUACAGUGUGCAACCACCACAGUCUUACCUUCAGCCAAGGGCAACGGUCAACUACGGGCUUACUCCCAAAGAGACGUCGCUAAACUGCACCAAGCGAUGAUUGACCUUUGCCGAAUUCUCGAGAAGAUCCUCCACUCACUCUGGUCACCUAGGCCCCUCCUUCAUGCCCAUCAGCGGUCCGCCUUCUUCGAUUCCUGCGUCCUCGAACUAAAAACAUGGUACUACGAUCUCCCCUCGGAAAUAAAAAUCGACCGAUCAUCUGGCCCAUCCAAGUUCCCACACGCCUACACAAUGCUCAUGGUCUACCACACAAUAUUCAUCCUCCUCUGCGGCCCCUUCAUGAACAAGCCCUCCUCCUCCAACGCGAAUGCGAAAACAGAGAACAUGACCAGCGCCAACCGCGGCGAAUCCCAAGAAGAAAAACCAAACCCCGACCACUCCCGAACCACAAAAGCCCUCGCAAGCUGUAGUUCCUCUAUCCGCGCAAUGUGCCUCAUAAUCCAAAAGUACCGCCACACAUUCGGCAGUUUCAAAAUGAGUCCCAUCACAGCGACAUACUGCACUUUAUCCGCCGCCUUAAUUAUAAUCGAAAACUGCUGCACAAUGGAAAACAAAUCACCCACCACAACAAAAACCAACGCCAAUUCCAAUUACAGUCCCGACGCCUGCACGGCCGAAGAAGCCACAGGAUCCAACCGCAAUUUAUCCCCACACGUAGCAGUGGGCCUGUGUAUGCAAGUUCUACGAGAAUUGUCAACGUCCUGGAAUAUCGCCAAGCGAAUAGGUCGGAAUUUGGAAAAAGUUUACACGCAGCGCUUCGGCUCGGAUCAUGUUCCCUCCCCACCGAAGGAAUGUGAUAUUGCAGCCUAUGAAGCGGCGACUCAAAUCGCCGAUGCGAAUAUACCCUUCGACACGAAUGUGCCUCCCUUGGAUACCUUUGAUGCCGCCUUCGAUAAUAAGAAUGCCAUGCAUCUCCAAAAUCCCCUUUCUUUUCAUCUUGAACAUCAACAACUUCCCUCCGCCACCGAGGCACAUUCUAUUUUCCUGACUCAGAAUGAGAAUAGACCCCCCCGUUACUGGUUUUGA